GCGCAGCGCGGGCCGGGCUGGGCCGGGGGAGCGCGCAGUUGAGAAGGAGACAGUGCCUCAUCAUGGCCUUGGCGGACAAUGCAAGCUGUGCCAAACCCAGCGAGGAGUUCCCUUUCCCAGAGAUCGUGGAGCUCAAUGUGGGCGGACAGGUGUACAUCACUCGCCACCCCACACUGGUCAGUGUGCCCGGGUCACUGCUCUGGGAAAUGUUCACCCAGAAGAAUAUCCGUUCCUUGGCCCGGGACAGCAAGGGUCGGUUCUUCGUGGACCGAGAUGGUUUUCUCUUCCGCUACAUCUUGGAUUACAUGCGAGACCAGCAGCUGGUGCUGCCUGACCACUUCCCAGAGAGGAGUCGCCUGCAGCGGGAAGCUGAGUACUUCAAGCUGCCGGAGCUUGUCAAGAUGUUGGCCCCAAAACUCAGCAAGCAGAACUCCAUUGGGGAUGACCCAUGCCAAAGUGACCCGGAGGAGCUGUCGCCCAAUGCUGACACUGCCCGCAAUCUGGCCUCUGCCAGUGCUGCCCUGGCCAGUGCCGGAACUGGCACCCCUGGGGGCUCUGUCACCGCCAGUGGGGGUGGUGCAGGCCCGGAUAUCCGCAGAUCAGGCUUCAUCACCAUCGGCUAUCGGGGCUCCUACACCCUCGGCAGGGACAGCCAAACGGAUGCCAAGUUCCGCAGGGUGGCAAGGAUCAUGGUGUGUGGCAAGACCUCGCUAGCCAAGGAAGUCUUUGGGGACACCUUGAAUGAAAGCAGGGACCCUGACAGACCCCCAGAGAGGUACACCUCCAGGUACUACCUCAAAUUCACCUUCCUGGAGCAAGCCUUUGACAAACUGGCUGAUGCUGGCUUCCACAUGGUGGCAUGCAACUCUACAGGCACCUGCGCCUUUGCCCAUGACCAGACAGAUGACAAGAUCUGGACCUCUUACACCGAAUAUGUUUUCUACCGUGAGUGACACUUACCAAAAAAACAAACCAAAUGCAAACUCCCCACCCCCUUCCUGUGCCGGCUGUUUUCCUUAGAACAUAGACAUCCGACCCUUGAACCUCAAUAUUACUUUUUCCUGUUCCCUUUACAUUUUGUUUUUCCACGUUGAACCCUCUCCGACUCCCUCUUGUACCAGUUGCUGAACACCAACCUCCCCUCUCUCCAACUUCCAGCAGUAGCCAACUGUAGCUCCCAGCCCUCCUUGGAUUUGUGGACUUGGACAUUUGUAGAUUUGUGGGGGGAGGGAGGGGAACAAAUGUGUUCAUACUGGGGACAAACUGGUUGGGAUUUUUACAGCCGGAAAAGCAAAGAGACACCGACCUUCAGCCUGGUUAUAAUCAUAAUUGGAGCCAAUUCCUGGCCUCAUCGCUGUAUCUUAUCCUUUACAAAUCUAAAAAAUGUGCCAUAUACACUGUAGUUGAUUUGCUGGGGAAUGCAAACACGCAAGAGGGAUAUUGGUUUGAUGUUAUGGAGCAACGGGGGAGCAAAGGAAAAAGAGCCUCAGCAUAGAUAGGUCGCCAUUAGCCUGUGUAAGCAGCUUAGUAUUUUGACUGUCAGUGCUUGGAAUGGUUAGAGAGAGAUGCACCCCAUGUUCACAUCUUUGGAUGCAAAACAUUGCUGCUGCCCUGAGAUGCCUUCUUGAUUUCUGGGUUGAGGUGCAGACGCAUGCUUCUGCGUAUAUACCCCAAGUGGGAAAAGGGCCUUGUACACAAUGGGAUGUGUUAUAGAUCUUUAGGCCAGUUUAAUGUCUGUCAAAUUUUUACCUUCAUUUUCCCCUUACUUAGAGUAGGAAGAAGAUAAUUGGGCUUCAGAAGGACAGACUUUGAUUGCUACAGUGAGUAGCAUUCUGGUUUGACCAGAGCUAUGACUUUUAUUUAAAGAUUUAAAAUGAAAUCUUAACAAAAAGAAAAAGUCUUUGCCACUUUGCUGGCAACCUCUCACUAGGUCUCUUUCUAAUUGCGGCGCUCCACUGUCUGCAGGCCUGAGGCUGGCUUCUGCUUUACCAUGCCUGGGUAACAUGUAAUAAAGGAACAAAAGAGACCUGCCUUUGUGUUAAUGUGCUGACGUGAAAAGAA